AUGGCCUCGUCGACGUACUCGGCGACGCCGCAGCCGCCGCAGCGCAUCCGCAUCGUCACACACCCUCCCCUCGCCCCGCUCCGCGCAUGGCUGCCCUUGCCGCACGGCGGCGGCAGUGGGACGGUGGCCGACCUGCUGCACGGCGUCCAGGGGCUCAUGAAGGACGACAGGGCGCUCGAGGCGGAGCUGCAGGGGUUCGCGCUGCUGCCAGACUCGCCGCUGAGCGUGCUAGAUCCGGUGAACGACAUUCUUGACAUCAAACUCGCCUCAGACCAGCCCCACCUCCCCGCCCAAGCCGCCCGCGACCUCUCCUCCGCCUCGCGCAUUCCCCUUCCCCAAUCCCCAGCUCGCCAGUCCUCCCCUUCUUCCUCUUCCGACUCGAGCGUUGACGACAAGCCUGAGGUAUGGCCGACCAAGCGGCCCGUGACGAAUGGCGAGACGGCCGUACCGAAUGGUCGGCCGACGAAGCGACGGAGAACGAGCGUUAGCUCGGCUUCGUCCUCGUCUUCCAACUCGUCCAGCUCUUCCGACAGCGACAGCGACUCGGACUCGUCGUCCGAUUCCGCUUCGUCCAGCUCCUCCUCCGAUUCUUCGUCCGACUCCGACUCUUCCGACUCGCCAGACUCACAACCGCAUAAACUCGCUACCAACGGCAUUGUGAUCGCUACAGUACCACCCGGGCAGGGCAAGCACCGGACAAAGAGGCGUAACGAGCGGAAACGGAAGCUGAGGCGGGCGAAGGCGCAGGAGAAGGCUGGUGGUGCUGGUGUGAAUGGCGGCGGGUUGGCGGCGGGAGGCGCGACUGGCGAUGCGGAGAAGGUGGAUGCGAUGCAGGUGGAUGAGGUGGAGAGAAAUGGGCCGGUGACUUCGAAGGUCUCGCCCAAGAAGCCGGCUGUCGCCGAAGCUGCCCCUCCCGCCGCGGCAAAACCAGCUCGCAGCAAGCCCUCCCUCGACCCCUAUGCCGGCUUCCACUCCGCUCCUCCCGCGCAUUUCCCGAAGCCCUCCCAUCGCCCCUCCCCCGCUUCAUCCGUCUCAACAGGCCGCGAACCCGGCAUCUCCCUCAUCGGCCCAGGCGGCGGUCGAAACGGGCGCUACAACCGCUCGAAAAAGGGCGGGAACGAGUACUUUGACUCGCCGCAGCCUGCGUAUCCCGGUGCGAGGGCGCCAUUACCGCCGGGGAGAGAGAUGCGGUCGAAGAGUCCGGAGUAUAGGCCUACUUCGCCGAAUGUUACGUACGAGACGCUUCUUGCCGACUCAGACGCGGCGGCUUCGCCAGCACCUGCGGCACAGUCGAUCAUCCCGCCUGCAACCCCGACCGACAAACUCGAACAAGCUCCCCCCGCCCCCUCGAAACCCUCCUUCAUCCCGCCUAGCAAGCGUACCGACCUCCCUCCUCACAUGAUCGUCACGAAAGUCGAUGUCGAAGGGAAGAAGUGGCAGCCUGGAUUGGGGAGGGUGAUCAAGGGGACUAGUCGGGAUUGGGUUGAGCCCGCCGCGGAGGAGGUGAUGGAGAGCGAGGUCGAGAGUGGUAAGGAGGGAGUGGGGGAGUGGAAGGGCUGGAUGGAGGUUGGAGAGGUCGAGAAGCGCUGGGAUGGGUUGAGGAGAGUGGAGAAGUUGCAGGUUCGGCCUGGCAUGCGGGUUGCGACACAGGUCUUCGAGCUCGACAUGACGACGUUCCAGCCGACCAUCUCGCUCAAAUACGGACGCCUGCUCCCCUCUUCACCCGAAAACCCCUCCUCUCUGCGCAUCCAGCUUCACCCGUCCUGCGUCCCGCCCACCGAAGACGCCGACGAGUCCUACGAAGGCGCUGCAGUGGAGGAUGCGGCGUUCUAUGAGGACGAGUGGGCCCCGAAACCCAAGUUUGGGCAGGACUUGGUCGACUCUGCGGCGCUGGAGGAGGCGGACCCGAGUGUGUGGGAGGGCGAGUGGGACGGUGCGGAUGUGCGUGUGGUUGCGUAA